GAUGAUGAUGAUGAUGAUGAUGAUGAUGAUGAUGAUGAUGAUGAUGAUGACUCGGAUGAUGAUGAUGAUGAUGAUGAUGAUGAUGACUGGGUUGAUGAUGAUGAUGACUCGGAUGACGAAGAUGAUGAUCAUGAUGAUGAUGAUCAGUACUCAAUUUUCUCUGUCUAGUUUUACCAUUGCGAAAGAUCUGUAUUGUCCAAUUCUAUCCUGUCUGCAACACCUGUCGAUCGAAUGUGCUUCAACUUAG